CGCUAGUGUGGGAACUCGGCGUCGCGGGAGCUCUCUGAUCCACUCAGGGGUCAGGGCAUCACUGGUCUCUCGUGCGUGUGACCAGGUUUCCGGCGCCAGGGCCUUUCCGAAGCGUCGAGCGGCCUAACGGUCACAGCUGUCGCCCAUCGGGGAGGCAGGACUACUGCGAGCACUUUUACCGCGACCUCCGGAGGCCGGCGUGACAGGCUCUGUCGCUAAAAUAGGAGUAGAGGUUUACCACUCUUAGGUGACUAAGCAGUAUCACAAAUAAACCCUCCAGCAAGUUUAAAAAUAAUUAGGUCCAACUCAGAGGAAGUGGAGUUUCUCCUGUUGCACAAAAAUGAUGUCUAGCAGCUCCAGUGAAAUCGAUGUGGUAAAAACAAGAAUACCUACUUAUGAUGAAGAUGACGACACUAUUUUUUAUGCAUAUGAAACAAAACCUGAUUUUGUCAAUAAAGAACCGAAUACUGUAUCUGAUGCAUCCUGUAAUACUGAAGAGCAACAGAAGACAGUUAAUGAUGUCCUUAUCCAUUGCCAGGUUAUAUAUGAUGCUAUGCAAAACCUGGAUAAGAAGAUUGAUGUGAUUCGUAGAAAGGUUUCAAAAAUCCAACGUUUCCGUGCGAGAUUCCUGUGGACAAACCGUAAGCGAUAUGGAUACAAAAAUUAUUCUUACCAGCUUGCUAAAAAGCUGAAACGCCAGAAAAUGAAGAAAAACGAGGUUUACGAGUCAUUCUCCUACCCUGAAAGUUAUAGCCCCACUUUACCAGUGUCAAGGCGUGAGAAUAAUUCCCCGAGCGACGUUCCAAGACCAUCCUUUCGCAUGGAAGAAUACCAGCCAGCUGAGCGGGAGGAGGACCCGAUCCUCAGCCGCACUCCGAGUCCAGUGCAUCCCUCAGAUUUCUCCGAGCAUAAUUAUCAGCCGUAUUAUGCAUCUGAUGGCGCAAUGCAUGGUUCUUCUUCAGGGCCCUGCCUUGGCAACCCUGGGGCUAACAGCAUCUACAACACUUACUCAACUGACCAUGCUUCUGCAGCACAACCUUCAGGCUCACUAUUUGGAAAUGACUGUUACAUAGAGGAAGGAAGCAUCACUAAGCACCCUUCAACCUGGUCGGUGGAAGCAGUGGUCCUAUUUCUAAAACAAACAGAUCCUCUUGCAUUAUGCCCUCUUGUCGACCUCUUCAGAAGCCAUGAAAUUGAUGGGAAGGCUCUGCUCCUACUCACGAGCGACGUGUUGCUGAAGCACUUGGGGGUGAAGCUGGGAACGGCUGUGAAGCUAUGCUACUACAUUGACCGACUUAAACAAGGAAAAUGCUUUGAAAAUUGAAAAAAUCCUUGUGCAAAUUUAGAUUGGGCCAACUUCUAGAGGGACCAAUGCCUUCUUAGUGUAGCAUCAUUUUUCUGCCCUUUAGUCAUUUUUGUUUUGUAGAAAGUAUCACUCAAAAUAUAUUAUAGCUAAAAUUGUAGAACUAUGUUAUAGUCCAGUCUACUUCUUUAAAAACCAUUUAACUGCUAGAUAGUAUUAGAAUAGUCCAAUAGGAAAUUCAUUCUUCAUAGGUCUUUAAACAUUACUUUUAUUAUAUUGUUUACAAAUAUAUUUCAUGCAAGCAACAGAAAAAAAAAACCAAAAAGCAAAAAAACCCCUUUGAUUCUGGUUCAUCUCGAUACAGAGAACCAAAACAGCUAAGAGAGGUAUUAUCAGGGGUUGACAACUUCUAUGAUUGAAUCUAUGGGAAUUAUUCCCCAGAAGAGAAUUUAAAGGUGUACCCAUAGAUAUCUCUUUCUGGAGUAUUUUAUCUGUCUGAUGUUGCAGUGUUCCACCAGUUUCCAGAAAGAGUAUAGCCAUAUAAAUUCUUUUCCUUUCUGCUAUUAUUUCUCCAUAUGUUUUAUUUAUUCAGAUUUAGAGAAAAAAAUAAGCUCAUAAACUUUUAUUAAGUGCUCCUAACAGUUUUAAGAUAAACUGUAAGAUAGAUAGAAUGGUUAUUUUAUGCAAGAAAUAUUGUACCGCAAGGGUGGUUUGGAUGAAGUCUGACUACUUUUUUUCAAACAAACUAUUAUAUUAAAACUUUCAUAUUUUGGCUAAGUUUGGACAUAUAACUACACUUACAUUGUUUGCAUCUUUCUAUGAAGAUACCUCUGUCCAAACUUUUAAAAGACAUAACUUUAUUUUAUGUGUUUAUUCUUUAUAUAGAUAGUAUUUUAUAUUUUAUUCUCACCUGAAGUAUACACACAAACAAUCUUUUUUUAAAAAAUUUUAAAUGGCAUUUUGUAUUGCCACAGAAGUGGGAUGAGCCAUAUAUUGGUGAGAUGUUUUAUUUUGUAAAAUGUAAAUGGAUUAUUUGCCAUCACUAGUACCUCUCAACUUACUUUUUAGAGGACAAGAAACAAUCUGUAGAUUGGUUUCCAUACAGGGAAGUUCUCUGUCCUAUGCAAUGUUGCUAAUUAAUUUGCUUAAUUCUGAGCCAUUAAUCCUGCUACACUUUGAAUGAUACAUUAAUUCAGACUAAUCUUUGGGAGUUUUAUUUUGUAAGUUAGAACUUUCAAGGGAAACAUGUUCAACACUAUUAUUUUGUUAUAAAUUUAUAACUUUGUUAUUACAUUGUAUAACAAAUACAAGGUUUAUAAGCUAUGAGAAUUGGUGCUAUCACCAUUAGCUAUUCAUUAUAAAUGUCAAGAAAAUGUUCACCAGGGGCAAGAAUGUACCUUUUCUUUUUAGAAAGCCAGAUGUACUUUAGACAUGAAUGCAACUAUUUAAAGAAUAGCUUCAUCUAUGUUAUUCCUUAUAUGUCAUAAGAUUCUUACUUAAACUUGGUCUUCUUUCAAAUUGUUUGUAUGAAGAUGCUGUACCCACUUGAACAGUCCUCAGGUGUUUACAUAAAUACUAUGUUUUACAGUUUUCAUAUUUUAAAAUAUUAAUAAAAUUAAAUCACAAUAGUUCA